CAGAUUUAAAUGAACUUUUUCAGGAUUUGGUUAAUUGAAUAAAGUUGUCCUUGCUCCAAAUAGAUCAAUUGGAAUUAUUACUAUGCAAGACGAUAUGCAGACUACUAAGGCUUUUACAAAUCUCUAAAAUUAUAAAUUUAAAGGAUCUAUUCUAAAUUUAGAAUGGGCUACAACAACUUUAAUAGGAGAAGUGAAUGAAGUAAAUCAAUAAAUUGAGGAAUAAGAAAAUGAAUUAACUCGAAUGCUUUAUGUCAAGAAUAUUAAUGUUUAGUACAACUGUAAAAACUUACUGAAAUUUUAGUCCUUAAAGGUGAAUGAUAUUUAAAAAAGUCACUAUCAUUAAUAAAGAUGGAGUCUUUUAAGGCUACUGAUUUAUUGAAUUUGAUAAACCAGAAUCUGCCAAAAAAGCAUUACGAUUAAAUAACUUGACUUUAGAUGAUCAUUUAUUGCAAGUAAGCUAAAGUAAAUUAAAACCAAAACAAG